AUGAUGCUAGGCUCUAUCUUAUUCUCAAGCUUUAUUCUUGCCCCGUGUGCUUUUUCAGCUCCUAAAAAGAAGAAGUGCAAGACUCGUAGUUCCAGCUGCAGCUUUGACUCUGCUGAGUCGCCAAACUGCUGGGGCCAGUACUCCAUAGAUACGAACUACUAUAAUGUAUUCCCGAAGACGGGUAUGACACGCGAAUACUUCUUCGAUGUUCAAGAAGGAACCGCUGCAUUCGACGGAUUCGAACGGGACGUUAUGACCAUCAACGCACAUUUUCCAGGGCCAACUAUCGAGGCUGAUUGGGGUGACGAAAUCGUCGUCCAUGUUACGAACUCGGUCUCAAAUAACGGCACCAGCAUUCACUUUCAUGGAGUGCGGCAGUACCUGACCAACGAUCAAGACGGCGUAGCUUCUGUUACCCAGUGCCCUUUAGCUUUCGGGGAGACGAUGACCUAUGAAUGGCAAGCCAACCAAUACGGUCAUAGUUGGUAUCAUUCCCACUAUGCCCUCCAAGCUUGGAACGGUGUUAUGGGCGGCAUUGUAAUACGUGGACCUGUUACGGCACCCUAUGACGAAGAUAAAGGGAUUUUGAUUUUGAGUGACUGGUUUCAUGACACAACGGACAGUCUCUGGCAGUACACCGCUAAGCGUGGCAAACCUCCAGUAGCUCAAAACGGCCUUAUAAAUGGUAUCAACGUAUACGGCGACUCGGGCAAGAGGUUUGAAACCGACUUCAUCAGUGGAGAGCGACACCGCUUCCGAAUCGUCAACGCAGCCAUGGAUACAUUUUACGAUUUCUCGAUCGACAAUCACAGUCUAACUGUGGUCGCCAACGACUUCGUACCGAUCGAACCAUUCACUACAGAUGUGCUUAGGAUAGGCAUGGGUCAACGCUAUGAUGUGAUCGUUGAGGCGAAUCAGCCAGAAGAUAGCUACUGGAUGCGGGCAGUUCCCAACACCGCCUGCAGCGCUGAGAACGAGAGUCAGGACAACAUCAGAGGGAUUGUCCGCUAUGACAUAUCUUCAACUGCAUAUCCGACUUCAACUGCGUACGUCGUACCUGUAGGGUGCUUGGACGAGCCUAUGAACAGCCUUGUGCCGAAACUCUCGCUCGAUGUGGAGGCGCCUGCACUCACAAACCAGUGGGAUCUUGGAUUUAGCACUUCAACACAGUCGAAACUCUUCACUUGGACCCUCAAUGACCAUGCAUUUUUGGAAAUUGGAGUGUACGCAUUUAUUGAUGACAUUCUAGCGCUUGAACAAAUCCUAAAUGGCACAUCUGUGUUUGAAACCUCCGAAAGUGUUGUUCAAAUCGACCAAAAAGACUCGUUCGUAUAUUUUGUGAUCCAGAACGCUCUUGGACUACCUUUGGGCGAGAACGCCAAUUACACGUCGGAUGUUUCCCUCGAGCUCAAGAACCCACCAAGGCGUGAUGUAGCUAUGCUGGCUCCUGAUGGCUACCUUGUCAUUGCGUUCGUCACAGACAAUCCUGGAGUCUGGCUGAUGCAUUGCCACAUCGGCUGGCACGCGUCGCAAGGGUUUGCCCUUCAAAUAGUGGAGAGACAGUCCGAGAUUCCAGAUAUCGUAAAUUCGAGUGCCAUCAGGGAUACGUGUGCCACGUGGAUAUCCUAUCAAGGAGGCGACACAUAA